AUGUCUGAACAUGCAAUUACCACAAGUAAUCGAAGUGCUUGUGAUGAUUAUUUAAUAAAUUACUUUAAUGUCAAGAAAGCUUUCUCUCAGUACUAUUAUCCUUAUAAAGCAAAAAAAAGAGAUAGAAACUUCCCUUACAUGGUUGCUAUCCUAAAAGGGUUAAAUAUUAUGCUAGAAGGACACAGUCUCUCUCGUUGGAUAUAAACAUUUUGCUAGAUAGUAUUUACAUUAAAAAAAUGA